AUGCCCUCUUUUCGUCAACAGCUGGUCAUCUUCACUACUCUCUCACUCGUUUGCUUGUUUUUCUUCUACUCGGGUGCAUACACCAACGAAUUAUGGGAGCGAACACCCGACUUUUCGCAGUACGCACCGACGAGGACUUUGUCAAGGUCCGAAUUCCCUGUAGAUGACUCAAUGAAGCGAGUGAUCAUCUUCGGCGACAUACAUGGGAUGAACGAACCCUUCCAUCAUCUGUUGAAGAAAGCCAAAUACAGACCUGAAGUGGACACACUCAUUCACGCAGGCGACAUCAUCGCAAAAGGGCCCCACAGCGGCUCAAUGGAUGUGAUCGGGUAUAUGGCUGCGCACAACGUCACCGGCGUGCGCGGAAAUCACGACCAAAAGAUCGUGGAAUGGCGCGCAUGGCAAGACUGGAUCGCUACUCUUCCCGGCGGUGGUCGCUGGCUCAACGAUCUCUACGCUGCUUUGGACCUAGCCGAGCCUGAUGAUCCGGAAGCGUGGGCGGUGAAAUACUGCAAACACGGCGACAACAAGCGGUGGGCACAGCGAAUCCCUGCUGGGUGGAAGAUGCUGGGAGAUCAUUACCGCAUCGCCAGGGCCCUGACGACUGCCCAAUACGACUACCUGCGCUCUCUGCCCCUUGUGCUUCAUGUGCCAAGCGCACACACGUUCAUUACUCAUGCGGGACUAUUACCUUCGGACCCUCGCUAUCGGCCGACCCACUCACGUCAGCCGCUGGCCCAUGUACCUUCUAUCCCUACAGCCUGGCUGAAAAGUGGAACGGGGAGUUACGGCAAGGAAGCCGAUUCGGAUUCCAUUGAGAUGCUGCGGCACUUACAGGAAAUCGCAAUCCUUCGAGACGUUCCGCAGAACUCCGAUCCCUGGGUGACGCUGAACAUGCGCGGUGUUCUGGACGACCAUUCGAUAACUAGAGACACCGAUGGGACACCUUGGGCGGAGAUAUGGAACCGUGACAUGGAGAUGUGCGCGGGGUUCGGUUCCGCAGCACAUGGCAAGAAACUGCCAUGUCAUCCCGCUAGCGUAAUCUACGGGCACGCUGCUUCACGGGGGCUCGAUCCCAAGCGCUGGUCUACAGGACUAGAUUCUGGAUGUGUCAAGGGCAAGCGACUGUCAGCGAUGAUAAUCGAAGCCAAGACAUACAAACAAUCCUUCGAUGCGGCUAAAGCCACUGUCCCAUUUGGCAUAGGCAGUGCACGUCUCCUCAGUGUGGCCUGCUAG